GACACACACACAAACACACACCCCUCUGGUGUUGUCCUUUAUAAAAGCUCAGAGCUCAUGUUCAUCAUCUCACUCCAGACUCACUCAACUCUCCCGAAGGUCUCACGCGGUCUCUGAAUCUACGGCACGAACAUCAUGGCACCAUCCGGAACACAGAGGGGUAUUCUGGAGCGUCUGAGCGCAGGUGAGGUGGUGAUUGGUGACGGAGGUUUUGUCUUUGCUCUGGAGAAGAGAGGUUAUGUCAAAGCUGGACCCUGGACACCUGAGGCUGCUGCUGAAAAUCCAGAGGCCGUGCGACAGCUGCACAGGGAAUUCUUGCGCUCUGGGUCAAAUGUCAUGCAGACGUUCACUUUCUAUGCCAGCGAUGACAAACUGGAGAACAGAGGCAACAAACUGACUUUCACUGGCCAGCAGAUCAACGAGGCCGCUUGUGAUCUGGCCAGAGAAGUAGCCAAUGAGGGCGAUGCGCUGGUGGCGGGCGGAGUCUCUCAGACGCCUUCGUACCUCAGCUGCAAGAGUGAAAAUGAAGUGAAAAACAUCUUCAAAAAACAGCUGGACGUCUUCAUCAAGAAGAAUGUGGAUUUCCUGAUCGCUGAGUAUUUUGAGCACGUGGAGGAAGCUGAAUGGGCCGUGCAGGUACUGAAGGCAACAGGAAAGCCUGUAGCAGCCACUCUGUGUAUUGGACCUGAUGGAGACAUGCAUGGAGUGAAACCUGGAGAUUGUGCAGUCAGACUCGUCAAAGCUGGUGCUGAUAUUGUUGGAGUCAACUGUCACUUUGAUCCUCUGACCUGUGUGAAGACUGUGGCUAUGAUGAAGGCCGCUGUAGAGAAAGCUGGACUGAAAGCUCAUUAUAUGGUCCAACCACUGGCGUAUCACACACCUGACUGCAGCUGCCAAGGAUUCAUUGAUCUGCCCGAGUUCCCCUUCGCUCUGGAGCCAAGGAUCCUGACGCGCUGGGACAUGCAGCAGUACGCCCGUGAGGCCUAUAAGGUCGGCAUUCGCUACAUCGGAGGCUGCUGUGGCUUUGAACCGUACCACAUCCGCGCCGUGGCCGAGGAACUGGCGCCCGAGAGAGGAUUCCUGCCCGAUGCCUCUGAGAAACACGGACUGUGGGGCAGCGGAUUGGAGAUGCACACCAAACCCUGGGUCAGAGCCAGAGCACGUCGCGAUUACUGGGAGAAACUCAAACCGGCAUCCGGACGCCCGCUGUGCCCAUCCAUGUCCACUCCUGACGGCUGGGGAGUCACCAAGGGACACACCGAGCUCAUGCAGCAGAAAGAGGCGACCACUCAGGAACAGCUGCGUCCACUGUUUGAGAAAGCUGAUGCCAAAUACUGACGGGGUCAAAGGUUGGGCUGUCACCUGACAGAUGUGUUACAAACAGGGGACUGAAGAGAGACUGGGAUACAAACACAGAAAAUAUCUGUCAUAUUCUCUCUCAUGUGUUACACGUACACACUUACAAACCGAACCAAAGCAAAAGUAUUGAAUAUGACGUUUACGUCAGCAGGACCAGAAUUUCUUUCUUAAUCUGUGAGCUGACAACAUUCUGUGUUUGAUGUGAUUCAGCUGCGGUUUAUGAGAUGUUGUGAUCCAGUAACUGAUGUGUGAUGAUCAGCAGUACUGCUGCCGUCCACAUCUUCAGAACACUCCAGUCUUACCGCGCUGUAUCAAAGUCUUACUGAUGCUCAAUAAAAUUUGAUCCUGAUCUCAA